GAAGCGACUGCUAUGUCGAACUACUCACUUCGUCAAUAAGUAACUUCAACUUUAUAAAUAUUCACAUCGAAUAAAAUCAGUCAACCCAUGACACGGUAGUGUUUGUGACCGCAAACAGAUUGUUCCGGCGCCAUUUUGUUAUAACACGCACAAAAUGGCGGAAAAUUACACAAACUUCGGCAUUGGGCCCGUGGCGUACCCUUUGAAAAUGGUAUCUCAGGAGGUGGUGGAACACAUGCUCGGCUGGAACAUCCCCGAGGAGCAUCAGGACCUGGUACACGAGCACUGGCGCAACUUCCCCGCCGUCAGCAAAUACUGGCACUACUGUCUGGCUCUGAUCUACACCAUGCUGAUGGUCACCUCGCUCACAGGCAACGGCAUCGUCAUAUGGAUCUUUGGCACAUCAAAGUCUCUCCGGAGUGCCAGCAACAUGUUCGUGAUAAACCUGGCGGUGUUCGACGUGAUGAUGAUGUUGGAAAUGCCGCUGCUCAUCAUGAACUCGUUCCACCAGCGGAUGCUCGGCUACCAGCUCGGAUGUGACAUUUACGCCAUCCUGGGGUCGCUCUCAGGGAUAGGGGGCGCCAUUACUAAUGCUGUCAUAGCCUUUGACAGAUACAAGACUAUUUCUUGCCCCCUAGACGGAAGGAUAAACAAGAUUCAAGCGGCACUUCUAAUUGCAUUUACUUGGUUCUGGGCGUUACCGUUCACAAUCUUACCUGCCGCGAAGAUCUGGGGCAAAUUCGUACCAGAGGGCUUUCUGACGACCUGCUCGUUUGACUAUUUCACCGACGACCAGGAUACGAAGGUGUUCGUCGCCUGCAUCUUCGUAUGGAGCUACUGUAUCCCGAUGGCGCUGAUUUGCUACUUCUACUCGCAACUCUUUGGAGCAGUACGUCUCCAUGAAAGGAUGCUCCAAGAGCAAGCCAAGAAAAUGAACGUCAAAUCCCUAGCGUCGAACAAGGAGGACGCGAGUCGCAGCGUGGAGAUCAGGAUCGCAAAAGUGGCCUUCACCAUUUUCUUCCUGUUUGUGUGCGGCUGGACGCCAUAUGCGUUCGUCGCCAUGACUGGAGCUUUCGGCGACAGGAGUAUGCUGACGCCCGUAGCAACGAUGAUACCCGCAGUGUGCUGCAAGAUUGUCUCCUGCAUAGACCCCUGGGUGUAUGCCAUCAACCAUCCGAGAUACAGGGCAGAACUCCAGAAGCGCAUCCCCUGGCUCGGAGUACGCGAGGCCGACCCCGAUACCGCCUCAACCACCACCAGCGUCGCCACCAACCAGACCUCGUCUCAAGCUGAUGCUUAAACAACGGACGCAAUAAUUGAAGCUUAAAUAACGAACCGAAGACUUGAAGCUGACUUCUCACUUAUGAGAUAUAUAUAAUGACAAUGAACGAAAGACAAAACUGACUACUCACUAUGGGAUGCAAUUUGUUGUAAUACUACCGGGGGACCCAACCAUAGACAAAUACAUCUAGAAGCGCCACGAACUAGACCUCACCUUAAAACGAGACCACGGAUGAAAUACUUUAAGCUGGCUACUUACUACGGGAUGUAAGGUUGUAAUUAGAUGGUACUAGCGGGAAAUCUAACUAACCAUAGCCAUUUUGAGGAGAAAUGAAAACAAAAGUAAUGAAAAUUUUACUAGAAAAAUUGCACUCGAUCCAGACAUAAGGCAGAGCUAGGAGGCUCCUGGCAGCGUCGGCUAUGUUGAUGUACGCGUCCGAUCGAAUUUUGGGAUAAAUGAGUAUUAUAUCUCGGAAUACAAUAAACUUUUUAUAUUCCAUAGUGAGAAGCUAGUUUCCAGAGGCAUGGCACAAUCGGAACAAGUACAGUUCAGCCGUUCUAAACCAGCGCCGACGUAACCAAACAAACGGCUAACUUAAGACCGGUUAAAUGUUUGAAGAACGAAACAGAGGAAACUUCUCGCUUUUUCUAACGUUGAUCAAAGAAAAUAUUGACAAAUUGAAAAGAAAAGAAUUGAAAGUUUGAAAAGGACAAAUUUAUUAAAAAGAUUUAAGUUUUAAAAAUAGUUUAAGAAUUAAUAUUUGUGAUUCUGUAUUAAUUUUUUUUGUUCUCAGUAUUUGAUAACAUAAUUAGGUAAGAUAUAACAAACUCCUCCAAGCAACUUUAAAUAUUGUUAAUAUUAAAAGUUUUUUUUUGUAUUUGAAAUGGUGUCAAUUCUGGCAUGAUUCUCUAAACCUAAACUUAAAUUUGACAACAGUGUAUCCUUGUUUAUAAAAUCAUGCUAGAAUCGACACCAGUAUCUAACUAAAAUCUUGUUCCGAUUGUACCAAAAUUCUGCAUUUAACUUUUUUCUAGCGAUGUUAAACUGUGCAUGUUUAAUGGUAUAAGGAUUAAUCACUGUAUAUUUUUUAUAAGAAGCAUAAAUGUAAAGAAAAAUACAAAAAAAUCGAUGGAUCUCGACGACUAAGGCAAUAUAGUAGGUAAUAUAAAGCAA